AUGGUAGGUUUCGCACAAAUAAAACCCUAUUAUCUUCUGUUUUCUCUUGGCAGCCCACUCCCCAAGCUUGUGUUCAACAGGGUCAAUGGAAAGAGGCCCCCAUUGAUGAUCUCACCCCCCACAACCACAGAGGAAAACUACACCGUCGCUCACGAAGAAAAUGUCCGGUUUGUGUACGAAGCCUGGCAAGAAGUGGAAGAGCAGCUGCACAGUCCAGAGCAGGGAGAAGGUGGAUCUGGCCCAAUACAAUACACAGAGAAGAUGCCCAGUCCGGAACUGAAAGAUUUUGUCCCCAUUGACCUUGAAGAUUGGUGGGCUCAACAGUUCCUGGCCAAAAUCAAGAAUGGCUCUUAAGGAAGGCUGGAGCGGAGGCUUUACAAGAGAAAUCUUCCAAUUCGCUCUUAAGAAAACGCAGGCGCAUCGGAGUGCAGCAAGAACUGGACAAAUAAAUUGGGUGGGGGCCGACCUGCCGCUCAGCUGGCCUUGGAAAUGCUGAGAGGCUCCAUUGCCCGGAAGAAGGCUGCAGACCAUACAUUGUGGGGAUGCCAGGGUGCCCAGAGAGGGGGGCACGAGGGGGGCAUUCUCCUCCUCCCUCGGGCCUGGCACCCAGCACCGAGUCCAUUUUGGUCCCGGAGUCUCUAGACUGUGUUCACAAUAAACACGCUGAUCCUGU